ACUUACGUUUUACAGAUUAAAUGAGAGAUAUUUGAAUCAAACAAACACGCGAGAUAUCUCAAUUCUGUUUCACUGAAACGUUUUAAUUUCACGCAGCGGAACGUUUUGUUUGUAUCACACGGAACCAAAAAGCGUUGGGACGGAAACCGAAUCUGUAAACAAACGCAACUCGCGUUAGCAACAGUGUCAGUGGAUUAAACACGUGAAAAAACUACAGCUACACUCAAGUAAGAUGUUUAAAAACACGUUCCAGAGCGGCUUCCUAUCUAUUUUAUACAGCAUCGGCAGUAAACCUCUUCAGAUAUGGGAUAAAAAGGUGAGGAAUGGCCACAUCAAGAGAAUCACAGACAAUGACAUCCACUCACUGGUGUUGGAGGUUGAGGGGGUAAAUGUCAGUACUACAUAUAUAACAUGCCCUGCAGAUCCAAAGAAGACAUUGGGCAUCAAGCUUCCUUUUCUUGUUAUGAUAAUAAAGAACCUCAAGAAGUAUUUCACCUUUGAAGUCCAGGUGUUAGACGAUAAAAAUGUUCGCCGGCGGUUUCGAGCGAGUAACUAUCAAAGCAUGACACGAGUGAAGCCGUUUAUCUGCACUAUGCCUAUGAGGCUAGACGACGGCUGGAACCAGAUCCAGUUCAAUCUGUCUGACUUCACCAGGAGGGCCUAUGGAACCAAUUACAUCGAGACGCUGCGUGUGCAGAUCCACGCUAACUGUCGAAUACGCAGAGUGUACUUCUCAGACAGACUGUACUCGGAGGAUGAGCUCCCAGCAGAGUUUAAACUUUUCCUGCCUGUCCAGAACCAAAAAGCAAAGCAAUAGAGAUUCUCAGCCUGCACUGUUCCCCACGACCAGCUAUGGAGUUUAGCUGUAAGGUUUUGUGUGUAGACGUAUGAUGAAUUAAAACCUUUGAUAUUGUAUUCUUUUGAAGUAUAAGAUUUGUGUUGCCUUGUGUUUCACUAUGCACAAUAAAGUUUUUUUAAUGGCUCAUCUGUCCUCACAGUUCUCAAUACAAACUGAUGAAUGUAUCUGCAUUGUAGUAACAUUACAUGCUUACAAAGGACACACUUGUUAGUGCUUAAAAUAAAACGUUUUUACAGAAACAAAGAGUCCAUCCAUCAAAUAUAAAUAAUCUUUAUCAAACAUCACAAAUCAUUUCAGGCAAAAGGCUUUGAAACUGGUUUGCCUUCCUCACUUUGGGCUCUGGUAUACUACAUGAAAAGAAUAGCAAAUCAUUUAUUUCAUUAAAUAUUGCGUCACAGAAAAGUCCACAAACAGAAUUAAUGACAGUUCAACUUAACUGCAUUUUCAAAUCAUAUCAGGAGCAGACUCAGUGGAAACAAACUGAUGAACAUCAAGCUGCAUGAAUAAAAAACAAAUAUGUCAUUAAUGAUA